CAUUUUUGUAUGAACUCUUCAUUGUGGCAGACAUGAAAUGUUUUGAAAGGGAUUGAACUUUGAAGAUUUUCCGUAGGGUUUUUAUUUUAUUUAAAUUAAAUUAAAUCCUAGGGCAUCGAUAAUCGUCCGAAAGGGAAUCGAACUUGAAAAGGGGGGGUUCGAUAAUCCGACAUAACCUCGUCUUUUUAUUGCUUGUUGAUUAGGAGUGUAACUGGUCGUUCUCUGUGGCUGUGGGCCAUUUCAUAGCCCGUAGGCCAAUUGUCUCCUCCAGAUCGUCGGAUGCCGAGAACGUCUUUGUAGCCGCGCCUGCUGGGAAAACGGGCGAGGCCGAAUUUCAACCAGUCUGGCUGACAUGCUCGGGCCGUUUCGCUUCCUUCAGCCUCAAGACGGAUUUCAUCCUCCGCUCCUCUUCCGCCCGUUCAGACGUCAGAUGUGAAACUUGAUUCCAGUCUCGGGAGUUUUUUUCUUUCUUAAUCGCUGUUCGUCCGAGCCGGCCGCCCCGUAAAAAUAAAGGCGUUUUUCUUCUUCUUCCCCUCGGAUAAUUCGCAUUUUCAAUCCACUGGCGGAUAAUUCACAUUUGCAAAAAUGCCUGCCACCCCGUUCUCCCUUUAUGACAUGACAGUGGCGACCGUUUGCGAUUUUUACAAGUAUUUUAAACAGGAUCUACGCUUGAUCCCCGAAACGGUCCUCUUCGACAUUUGCAUUACGUUGUAUAAACAAGGAAGAAUUUACACUCUCUGCAUCGAAUUACGAGACCUGACCACCUUCUCCAAAAUGUUGAAGCUGACCAAAAACAGGGUUAUGCUCAUCAAAUGUUUUCAGGCUUUGAUGGAGCAUGAAACAGGGAUUGCAAAAGGUUUGAUCGGAAGUUACAAGUUGAGAUGUGAAUAUUUCAAACUUGAAGAUUCGAACGAAAAUGUAGCAUUCUCUAUUAUAGACCAGGGGCUUAAAUUGGGUGGCUUUUUAAGCGAUGCCAGCUGGUAUCACGAAAGUUGUGAAGUUCUAGAAGCGUGCCAAGAGGUUUGCCUUGCUGUUCCUGAGAAUCCGUCCUCUUUAAUGAGAAGUCUAGAUUGUUGUCAUAAGCUUCUCCAUGCACAAAUCAUCUACUCUUUGUGUGACAAGGCGACCAAGACUAAACUUCUAGCAGAAGAAAUAAUUUCAAAAUUGAAACGCACAAAUGAGAAAAUGUGCCUAGCUGGAAUUUACACUCAAUUUUCUAUUUACUCGUUCAGUAUGAGUCUGUUUGAUGAGGCUUACAUGUGGAGUGUUAGAUCUAUACAAGAACUCAAUCAUAAUUCUAACUCGAGGAUGGUGGUGGAAGCUCUUUCACAAGCUGCAAAGUCCUGCGUAGUCAAAAGAAGAAUAAGUAAGGCAGAAAGCCUUAUUAGAAUGGCGGUUUAUUUUGCUGCCAAAGUUUUCGGAAAGGAACAUCCCAAAUACGCAGAGACGCUUUUAGAUUAUGGUUUUUAUUUACUCAACUCAGAUGCAAUGAAAGACAGCGUAACGGUUUAUGAGAAAGCGUUAAGUUUAAAGGAGGAAAUAUUUGGACCUCGUAAUCUUCAAGUAGCGAUAGCCCAUGAAGAACUUGCUUAUGCGCUAUAUGUCCAUGAAUACUGUUCAGGCAAUUUUAAUUCUGCAAAGUAUCAUGCAGAUCAAUCAAUUGCACUGAUGACAGCACUUUUACCACCAAAUCAUUUAAUGAUCGCUUCUGCAAUAAGAGUGAAAGCACUUAUCCUUGAAGAAAUUGCUUUAAGUAAUAUCUCCACCAUGCCUGGCACACAUAAGCUUUUAUGCGAAGCUGAAAAACUUCAUAAGAAUGCGUUGCGUGUAUCACUUGCUUGUUUUGGAGAAAAUAACGUACAGACUGCAAAGCAUUAUGGCAAUCUUGGUCGUCUGUACCAAACGAUGAAAAAAUACAAGGAGGCAGAAGCAAUGCAUAUGAAAGCAAUUCAGCUCAAAGAGAAGCUUUUGGGCCAGGAUGAUUAUGAAGUCGGACUUAGCCUCGGACACUUGGCCAGUUUGUACAAUUACCACAUGAAGGAGCAUAGAAAAGCUGAGGCUCUUUAUAUCAGAUCGAUAAAUAUAAGCCUGAAAUUAUUCACUGAGAGCUAUUCUGGCUUAGAAUAUGAUUACAGAGGUCUACUGCAUGCUUACGACCAACUUGGCGAGCUGGACAAUGUUAUUAAUUAUUCGGAACUAAUAGACAGAUGGAAAAUGUUGAGGGAUGAACGCAACGAACGAGAAACCGCUCCUUUAGCCUUGAACGAUAUUCCUUGCACUUUGGAAUGCAUGAAAGCCAUUUUUUUAGAUGAUUCUACUACAAUGGAUGAGGAAAAUUGUUGAAAGCUUUUUUUUGAGCACUUAUUUGUUAAUCAACUAUUUUAUGAUAUAAGAAUCCAUUACUAACACCAAUCAAAUGUGACUAUUUCAUUACAUUUAAUUUUAUUGUUAUUUUUUUACUUGGAAAAGAUGGAUUGUAUAAUGUUAUUGUUUUAAAGGGAACUUUUCUUGUGCAAUAGAUCUGCCGCUCACAACUAGUCAAUUUGCCUUUAAUUAUAAUGUAUCGGACUGUAUUUUACUAGCAUCGUUUUAUUUGAAAAGGAUUUUUUUAAACUCUGAAAUUACAUUUUCUUAAUUCACUGUCACUUCAUUUAAAAUAUUUAAAAAAAAGCUUAAUUACAAACAAAAAUGUUGAGUGAUCGCACAUAUAACUUUGUAAAAUAUUAUAUGUAGAUAAUUUGUAUAAUCCCUGUGUACAUAAUAUAAAUUAAACGGGAUGAUAAUGGCUAAAGAAAAGAAAAAAAGCUUUUAUUUCUUAAGUAUUAUAUUUUUUUGAGACUGCUACAACAAAUCUGUUCCCUUACGGAGGUAACAAGAAUUUUUAUACUGAAUAAUUUUGUAUUUAAUUCUUUUGAUUUAUCCACAUUUUAUAAAUCGAUGUUUGUUAUACCUUAAAAUAACAUUUUGUAAUUAUAUUGUUAUUGUUUUGUAUGUAUAUCAUUUAAAAGUUGUAAGAAAA